GCCAGCCUCAUCGCGCUACAUAUCACACACCAGUUUUCAGCAUUUCAAUGCUCGUCAAUUUUGAUAGACAUUCUUUCUUUCAGAUUACGGGAAGUGUCGUCCGCCAGCCCGAGGCCAGCCUCUAACAAUGGCCUUAGAGGAAAGUGACUGUUUCCGCUUGAAAUUGUUGCGCAUCCUGGAGACGGCCGGCGAGGCUGUGCUGAGGUACACCCUUCUGUGUGGGACUAACGGCAAGCCCGACGAUGUCCCCCUCGACGAGUACCUGAAGAGCCUUCCUUAUAGCUCGACGGCCAACUUCAACAAGAUGAUUCUAAAACACCUAAAGCAACUCCCUCCCAGCUCCUCUGACUUGGACAAGGUGUUGAAAAAACAGUUCAACAACACAGAUCAGAGUCAGAUCAAAAGAGACCCGUCCUGCGGUGCUUUUGACAUUACCCUUCUAUACAAAGCCAUCAAAGUGGCGUGUGAGAACGUUGCAGAAAUGGACCAAGACACGUGGACAAAAGAAAGUAUUGAAAUGGAAUUCUUAGUCACAAAAAUAAAAAACCUUAGAAAUGAAGUUGUGCACGAAAAGCCUGCAAUGAGUGAGCAGGAAUACCUUGGUGAAGUUAUAAAAAUCAAGGAUCUCUUUUCCAAGGCUCUGGAAGCCACGAAGGAGAGAUACAAAAGGGACGACAGUGAGCUCUCAGUGAAGAAGGACGAGGUAAGCAGGACUGUGGAUGACGUCGUUAAAGAGCACGUUAGCCGAAAGGAAAUACUACAAAGAUCAGCGGAAAAGAUGUUGCCAGAUUUCAAAACAGAGACUAACGAAGAAGUCAGAGUGAGAUUAGACGCCGCCAAAUUCAUUAACCCACUGGACUUCCUGAGUUGUGCCGCAAACACCAAGGUGGAAGUGCAUGAUAUUUUUUCCAGAAUCAUCGUUAAGGAAGGAGAAAACAAGAAAGCAAUUGACCAUUUGAAGCUGAUGACUCUAACACAAGAAGGAAUGUCGCCUGCAUCCCCUCACCUCAUGCUUAUUGAGGGAGACGCAGGAAGCGGCAAGACAACGCUCUUGACCUUCCUGCUCGCCGAGUGGCUCAAGGAACAGCCUCAUCGCCGCAUGGAAGGCCUCCAGCACUUUGAUCUUCUCCUGUGGGUCGUGUGCCGCCACGAGACCAGCUCCACCUUUGAAAAUUUUGUAGCCAAAGUCUUGCCUGAUGCCUCCUUCAAGUACAGAGACCUCCUGCUGCCCCUCUUGAAAAAGUGUAAAAUUUUGAUUGCUGUUGAUGGUCUAGAUGAAGAGACCGAGUCCUCCCGUCAGCUCAUUUCAGAUAUAAUGAGCCACGGGAAAGACUGCCCUACCUUCACAGUGGUCUGCACUUCGCGCCCUGAGGGUCUGAUGGGCAUGAUGGCGAAAAAGCCGCAAAACUUUAAGAUUUCCCACACGAGAAUCGAGGGAAUAGGCAAUGAGGAGAGAAUAGAUUUUGUUUUGAGGCACACAAAUCAUCUGAGCAGGUGUUCAGGCGUGCCCGUAGACACUGACCGCCUCAGGCAGGUACUGAAACAGAUCGUUUGGAAGGAGAUAUUCCGUCUCCCUCUAAACCUUUUGUUCUUGUCAUACUUAUAUAUGGAGGAGCCCCAGAAGUUGACGAUCAGAAUAACUCAAACAAAAUUGUACCAGGACAUCAUCGACUGGAGUGUAGAGAAGCUGCACCACAGAAUGGCUGGUCAUCUAAAAGCAAAAUUUCUUAAAGAUACAAUUUCAGACAUUUUGAGACUUAUCUAUGAAGUGUCACUUCAAGAACUCCUUCACGGCAACGUUCAUCUCAGCCAUGAGAAUCUGUCCCGUAUGAAAUCAAUCUGCGGAGACGAGUGCAACAAAGAAGUGCUCUCUGCCUUCUUCUGCCUGCGGCGAGAAGUGGUACGCUUCAAAGAGAUAGAAAAAUACUCUGCUCCCCAUAAAGGGAUGCAAGAGUAUUUAGCGGCCCGCAGCAUCAUUGGGCGCCUCGACAAGUACAAACAGGGAGAUAUCCGCCGCUUGCUGCAAGGCUACAUGCAAGGAAAAGACCUGAAUCUACCACUUCUCAGAAAUCUUUUCUGCCAACUCCUUGGAAUUCUCAGCAGCCUGAAGGAGCCGAAGAAAAUGGCGAUAAAGGAAGCAGUGGACCUGAUACACGAAACUGGGGUGAAGAGCACAGAAGCCUGGUUAAUUGUGCUGGCAGACACUGAGGCCGGUGACGACGCCAUGAAGCGGAUAGCACAUCACAUUUCUCCCCGAUUGAGGAGGUUUAAAAGAAUAUUCAGUUUCAUCUUUCCUACGGAGAGAGUUGAAGCGGAGAGAGUUGAAGUGAGUGACGGAACAGUGCAGGUCGCCGCUGAUCUGCUGCCUCUCAUCCCUCGCAAGAAAAUCAACAUAAAUCUGAAAAUGGAUCCAGUAGGGGUGGGGGAUGUCUUGUUCCCUGCCCUCGCUAACCACACCGUUAAGGAACUGCACCUGUGGCACCACUACAAACACCCUCACCCAUCCACCACCUCCGCUCACCUGCUGCAGCAAUGCCCCCGGUAAGCCUUUUCCCUCCCAUACACAUUCACACUGCAAUGACCUGGAACAAGAUGUAACGCUGCCUGCCCAAAUCUUUCUCUUUAUACACCUACCUAUCUAUAUAUCUAAAACACAACCUAUGUACCAGUCUUAUCUACUGGUAUCUCUCUAUAGUCAUUACCUGACUAUUCUAUUCAUAUAUACCUAUACGAAUAUGUAGCUUUUCAUCCAUCUACCUCCCGUAGUGUCUCUGAAACUAUCUAUGAUAAUACUCGUUAGUCAAUAUAUAUUCUCUCUCUCUCUCUCUCUCUC